AUUCUUUUUUGUUAUGUAUUAUUUGAAGGGCCUCAACAUGAACUUAGGAGAUGCUCUUCUAUUCCUUAGAGAAUAUGACAGCGCAGCUUCGUUAAUGUGCACAAGAGUGACGAUAGCUCAAUGGAAUUUUGCGACAAACGUUACUGAUAUAAACUAUCAGAAAAUGAUGGACGAGCAAACAUUAAAAUUAAAAUUUGAAAGAGCUUCUUGGCGAAAAGCAAUCACUUUUGCUUGGAGUCGUAUACCAGAUCCUUUAGCAAGAAGAGAACUUAAAAUGAUUGUUACGAAAGGUCGAAAUUCUUUAUCUGAUGAUAAGUUUAACGAGAUACAUCGUUUAAUAGCCGAAAUGAAAGAAAUUUAUCUUAAAACCAGAAUAUGUUCGUACAAACAAAUUGAUGGCGAGUGUAAUUUGAGUUUAGAUCAUGAUAUAAAUAAAAUAAUGGCACGAUCAAAAGACUAUGACGAAUUGUUAUAUUAUUGGCAUGCUUGGCACGAAGCAAUUGGUCCACAAGUUCAAAAUAAAUAUUUAAGAUAUGUUCAAUUGGCAAAUGGAGCAGCUAAGCUAAAUGGGUUUGCUGAUGCUGGUGACCAGAUGAGAGAAUUAUUUGAAGAUGAAUAUUUUCAACAAAAUGUAGCAGAAAUAAUGUCUGCUGUAACUCCGCUUUAUAAAAAUCUUUUUACUUAUGUACGAUCAAAAUUGAUUGAAAGAUAUGGUGAUAAAAUUCGUGAAGAUGGGCCUUUACCGGCGCACGUUUUAGGAGAUAUGUGGGCUCAAAAUUGGGAAGGUCUGUUCGAAUUGGUGCAACCAUUUCCGGCGAGCAGAAAACUCGAUGUAACUUUAGAUAUGAUGAUUCAAAGUAUCACUCCAAUGAGGAUGUUCCAAAUAGCAGAAGAGUUUUUCACUUCGCUUGGGAUGAAACCAAUGCCGCCGGAAUUUUGGAAAUUCUCCAUAUUUGAAAAACCCAUUGAUAGAGAAAUUAAGUGUACUCCUAGUGCGUGGGACUUUUGUAAUAGAAUUGAUUACAGAAUAAAGCAAUGUACUAGAGUUACAACGGAAGAUCUAUUAUCCACGCAUUAUGAAAUGGCACAUCUGCAAUAUUAUUUACAAUACAAGGAUCAUCCAUUUUUAUUCCGGAACGAAGCAAUUCCAGGAUUCCAUGAAGCUGUUAGCGAUGCAAUUAGUUUGUCCAUUUAUACUCCUCAACAUUUACACAAAAUUGGGUUACACAAUAAUUUAAUCGACGAUUAUGAUAGUAGUAUAAAUUUUCUUAUGUUAAUGGCUCUGCGUAAAGUGGCUUAUAUGCCUUUUGCUUACAUAAUUGAUCAGUGGAGAUGGCAUGUUUUUAGCGACGGUGUGGAAGAUAUGACAGCACAUUGGUGGGAAUUAAGAUUGCAAUAUCAAGGCAUCGUUCCACCUGUACCAAGAUCCGAAAGGAAUUUCGACCCAGCAGCAAAGUAUCAUAUUCUGGCAGACCGUUCUUACACCAAAUAUUUUGUAAGCACUGCGUUACAGUUUCAAUUGUUCCAGUCCCUGUGUGAAAUUUCUGGUCAUACUGGCGAAUUGCAUACUUGCGAUCUUUACAGGUCACGAGAAGCUGGUCGGCUAUUAUCGUAUGUUCAUCCAAAAACUAAUUAA